AUGUACAUACGGAGUAGUGGAGAUGUCAGGGUACUUUAUGACGGUGUGAAAGUCGACACCACCAAGGUACAUUCCCGUGUUAGUGCAGCUCGUUUCGACAAUGAAGCAGACGUGGUGGAGAUCGAGGUGAGGAACUCAAUCCCGGAGGAUUUUGGGAUACUUGCUUCCACCACUGACGGAUUGAUCAUUACGGAUGACAGGUGGCAGUGUCUUUCAAAGUCCCCGAAGGGUGAAAAGGGUGACGUUGCCUCACCCAAUUACAAGCCUGCCGAGUGUUUGGCGGCCUCACACGAUCCGAAACUGAUUAGUGAAAAUCUAAAUAUCUCGAUGGAUGCCAAGGUUAUUCGACCCGUUACUGACGCAGUUGACGGCAAAAGCAGGAAGAGAAAGAAGAGGAGUAACAAUAAGGAACUUCCUACUGAUUUUAACUGCAAAUUAGUCAUUAAGAACUAUCCUGAUCUGAAGAGAGCCCUGUUCGACCCAAUGAAGUACCGAGUCAGUCGCGGAAAAACAAAGUUGAGAAUAGUUGCCAGGGGUUCCAUAAAGGCCUUCCAAGACGGGGCCUGGCUUGGUAGGACACCUGACCACACGAACACACUCAUGCUUCCCAUUAAAACCAGUCACUCAAACGAUCAAAUUACUGCUGAAAUGAAACAGUUUGAUAACAACAACAACAAAAAUAACCUCAAUACCAACAAUAACAACAACAACAACAACGUUAAAAAUGAGGAAGAGUUAAAAAUCAGUGAAAACUUAUUGAAAUCUCAACUCAGCCCAUUAUCACUGGCUGCAUCUAUCUCAACAGCUACAGCAGCUGGUCGCAUAAAGAGAAGUGUAGCUAAGCAGCUAGCAGAAGCUGUCAACUUACGUCAUCAAUUUCGCCGACACGGAGCAGCGAGGUGCGACUACCACUGUCGCGAGACCAUAAAGAAGAGGAUUCUGCAGUCUCUCUUCAACAUAAACGUGCUCGAGGUGGAGAUCGAUAAUGAGGCCGACGUCUUGGCCAUCCACGUGGACAGGAGCCUGAUGUCGGAUAGAGAGCCACUAUCGAACCCUCUGGAAAGAUCGAGUCUGUGGAAUACAUUCUUUGGCCUGUACGUGGAGUCGGAAGAUGGCAGCAUCUCAACUCUGCCGUCGUCAGUUCCGCACAAACCAGCGGCCUUCUUCGAGAACGUUUCUCAGUUGAAUCCAUCGGAUGGUAUGGAGAGUGGAGGUAGUAAAGAUGUCGACAGAAUCAAAGAGAACGAAUACGCGGUCAGUAAGGUGAAGGAAGGACUGGUUAGUGAUUGGAAAUGCGCCGACGUAGUGGGGUCCACGAGGGGCGGGGCUUCAGAGCCCUGGCAGACGAUUCAUUUCAACGACAAGAUGUGGAAGGAGGCCACGCUCUACAAGAUGGAGAGGAUAAAUCGCGCUCGUCCUGAUAACGAUGGCAAUCAUCACAGUGUUGAUAACGAUGACGGCGUUCCGAAUUCGUUCAUCUGGAGUGGAGAGCACCCGUGGAGCAAGCAGAUGUACUGUAGAUAUCUCAUACCUCGAAAGUUGUUGGGUAAGAAGAAGAAGGUGACGCAUACUCACAAGAGGAAGAAAGUCGUCGUUGAAAAUGAUGAGCCUGCCAGAAAAUUAGUAAAGAGAUCGCCGGCCACUGAGAACACCGGCACAAACGGCAACAGUUUAAAAAGGAGAGUAAGAAAUUUCGGCGAGAAAUCGAGCAUAGAGGAUCUGAAGCGUAAAAACGAACAACUGAAAGCUUCUCUCAGAAAAGUCUCGAACAGCGAGAGGGUCCUGACAGAGGAGACUGAGGAGAUGUUUAAACUGCUCGGUGAAGUGAACGGCGCCCUGACUGAGAUCGACAACAAAAACGAAUACGGGGGUGGCUUCAUGUACGGCUACGAUUACGGCGGGAAGGAUGACGACGAUGAGGAUCUGGUGAAGAAGUUGGGUGACGAGAAGAAGGAGGAAAAGAAAGGUGGUGGCGGGGGUGGGCCGAAAACGUGGAAUGAGGAGUUCAUGGAAGAACUGACUGAAGUGUAA